UGACUCCAAGACUGGCUUAUCUCACAUUGCCAUCACCAAUGAAUUAUCUCAAGUUCUUGGCUGUGAACAGACGUGGGAUGCUGUCGAGGCUGCGGUCCAGCACAAGAGGCUCGCUUCACACAAAGGAUGGGUCACCAGCUGCCUUGAGGGCGUCGAUGCCAUCCUCUUAGACGAUGGACUGGACAUGCCCGGCCAAGCCGAGGACCACAUCUGGCACAGCAAAUUCACGACGAGUGAGUGCAAGCGUAUUGUCAGAAUUGAAACAGUAGCAUCGGAUAUCAUUGCACAACUUUCCAACUUUCCACAUGAUUCACCAACACGAAGCACAACCGAGCCUAAUAUACUAUCCUGGUUUACGGUCCAUUUCGUGCUCAAGAUUAGGGAAGUUCUACUACGUAGCCCCGACAUCGUUGGGUUCAAGUCCAUUGUUUGCUACCGGCGUGGCUUGGACAUCCCACGGUGGGAUGAACUCAAUGAGAAGGACGUGGAGAUGGAUCUUCAAAAGAUCAUAGAUGCCGGCGUGAAGCCCGGCACUGAGUUCCUUGGACAUAACCUUAACAAGAGAUUGGAACACACCACUCUGAAUUACUGGAUUGUGCACAAGGUCGCACAGCUCAUCCGCAACAUUCCAGAAGCCAGUAAGCCAAUUCAGUUCCACACAGGCCUCGGCGACAAUGAUAUCACUCUCACCAAGUCAUCGCCAUCUCACCUGCAAACCUUCAUUCGCGAGUACCCCACGGUCCCCAUCGUCCUGCUCCACGCCGGCUACCCCUGGACCCGAGAGAUGGCGUACCUAGCCGCGAUGUACUCCAACGUCUACGCUGACAUCAGCGAGGUGUUCUUCUGCAUCAGCCGCCAAGGGCAGGAGAGCGUACUCAAGCAGAUGCUUGAACUCUGUCCGUGGUCCAAGAUCCUAUGCAGCACGGACGGCAACACCGUCCCCGAAUCGUACCUGGUCGCCCAGCGGCAGCUUCGCGCAAGCAUGAAAACGGUGCUUGGAGAAAUGGUGCAGAGACAGCACCUCAACGAGGCACAGGCAGUGGAGCUCGUGCAAGCCAUCCUAUUUUCGAACGCAAAGAAAUUGUACUCCCUCACCAGCAGGUCCGACCUCUCCACCUUUACCCCCUCGGUUCCGACGCAGGGGGGGCCCAUCACCAUCCCCCAAGCCAUCGAGCCCACGACGCGCUUCGGCCCGGUGAUCCAGCGGCUGCAGCAGCUGAACGCGAAGUUCCUGCGCGUGUACUUCCACGACUACACGAGCAGCACCAGGAUGCGGCUGAUCCCCAUCAACCAAGUAUACCGCUCCCUUGCGCGCGGGGAACCCUUCACCCUCAGCCUGUCCAAAGUUGUCUUCGGUCUGCUGCAAACGGACCUGCUGAUCCCGCAGAUCAACGCGUCGGGCACCUACGUCUUCCACCCGGACUGGACCACGCUGUUCGCCGGCCCCGUCGCAGGACACGUCAGCUGCUUCGGCAACUUCCGCAACGAGGAGGAUGGCUCGGCGCAGGUGCUGUGCCCGCGCACGCUACUAGCGCAGACCGUAUCGCGCGCUGCGGAACAGGGCCUAACCUUCUUAUUCGGCUUCGAGAUCGAGUUCAUCGUGCUAGAAAGAACCGAAGAGCCAGUGAAUAACCCGACGCCGCGGGAAAAGUACCGGAUGCUGACCAACGACGGACACGCGGCGUGGAUGGCGCGGUCGCUGGCGGACUGGGGGCGUGAGGGUAGCUUCUCCACCGCCGUGGGCGAGAUCCUCGAGAAGCUCGACGAGGCCGGGAUCCCGGUCGACCAGUUCCACGCGGAAAGCGCGCCGGGGCAGUACGAGCUCGUGCUCUCCGCACUGCCCCCCUUAGCCGCGUGCGACAACAUGCUGUACGCACGCCAGAUCCUCGAGACCGUCGCCGGGCGCCACGGGUUCCGCGUAACCCUGCACCCGAAGCCGUUCCCGAACGUGUGCGGCUCCGCCUCGCACAUCCACCUCUCCAUCUCCUCCCCCGGCGGCGACAACACAUCUUUGUACGAAUCCUUCUACGCGGGCGUCCUCUCGCACAUGCGCGCCAUCAUCGCCCUCGCAUACAGCAACCCGACAAGCUGGGCGCGCAUGCUCGACAGCUGCUGGGCGGGCGGGCGGUGGGUGAUGUGGGGCACGGAGAACAAGGAGGCCGCGCUGCGCAAGAUCAAACACAGCCACUGGGAAGUCAAGACCGUCGACGGCCUCGCGAACCCGUACUUCGUUGUCGCGGCGCUGAUCGCCGCGGGCAUCGACGGCGUGCAGAAGAAAGCCAAGCUGGCCAUAUCCGACUGCGCCCUCGACCCGGCGACGCUGAGCGCCGCGCAGAGAAAGGAGUUUGGGAUUGCCGAGAUGCUCCCCGCGGACCUGCCGGAGGCGCUGGCGGCGUUGAAGGAGGAUACGGCGUUGGCAGAGCUGCUGCAUCCGGACUUCGUGCAGCGGUAUGUCGAUGUCAAGGAGGCGGAGAACGAUAAGAUACUCAAGUACUUGUCGCCGGGGGAUCUGAGGGAGUGGGUGUUGGAGAGGUACUAAUUAGUUAGGUCGGAUCGGGUUUUCGUGCUUGAUGCUCACGAGAUGGCUAGGUUAGAUAGGUGGUGCUUUUGCCUAGGUUACUUGCUGGAUAGAUAGAUAGAUAGAUAGAUAGA